GCAGCGAAGUAGAGAGAGGCAGCGAUGCUUCAAGCGGAUUAACUCUAGCCGCCGAAACUUCAGAGGAAAGCCUUUGGGCUCCAGACUCAGUCUCGUUCUCACUCUCUCGAGUUGAAUGAGUGGCGAUGUGCAGCAAAGCGUUUCUCGCCCUGCUGCUUUAUGGGCUGAUUAUGCACUGCAGCGUCUACUGCUCACCUGCUGCUGCCGCCGCCGCCGCUGGACUUCAGUACCCCGCGCUGAGGCUGGAAGAUGAAAUGUACGACGAAGAGGGCAACACUCUUUCGGACUAUGCCUUUGACAGCGAACCCCUCAGUAUAGCCGACCCUUCCUCCAUGCUGGACGACAUGUACACUUUGUAUUACCCGCCGGAAAAAAGGCACACAGGUGGGAUACUUAACAAAGCCUAUAGAAAAGUACUGGGCCAGUUAUCUGCAAGGAAGUACCUGCAUUCCCUGAUGGCCAAGCGGGUGGGCGGGGCCAGCAUCCUGGAGGAUGACUCAGAACCCCUUUCCAAAAGGCACUCGGAUGGCAUAUUCACAGACAGUUACAGCCGCUACCGAAAACAAAUGGCUGUCAAGAAAUACUUGGCAGCAGUUCUGGGUAAAAGGUAUAAACAAAGAGUUAAAAACAAAGGACGGCGAGUAGCUUAUUUGUAGCGAUGAGCUCCCAACCACUCCUGUGUACACAAGAGUCCCCCUGGGGAAAAAAAAAAUCUGAGAGAGGACCACCCUUCCCCCAGUCAUUUCCAAACUGACUGAUCAAUCACCACUCUCCUAUGUUAUCUAAACAUGUAUUUAUGUAUGAAGUAAA